UUCCUGACUCCACCACCACCUCCACCGCCACCAUCUUCCUCAAACCCACCUCCACCACCUCCCUCCUCCUCCUCCACCACCCCACCAAGAACCACAACUUUCUCUCUUUCCGCUACAACUUCUUCUUCCUCUUACACUUCUCCCACCUCCACCUUUCAACCCAUCUCCUUCGACCUCCUCGAGCAACACCUCUCUGCCCAAAAUUUCCGCCAAGCCGACGAGGAAACCCGCCGCCUCCUUAUCGUCCUCGCCGGAGAAUCCGCCCAGAAGCGAGGCUACGUCUUCUUCUCCGAAGUCCAGUUUAUUGCAGCGGCCGACCUCAAAGCCAUUGACGACCUCUGGAGACGCUACAGCGACAACAAGUUUGGCUACUCCGUUCAGAAAAAGAUAUGGCAAAAGGUCAAGAAAGACUUCUCGAGAUUCUUCCUCAAAGCGGGAUGGAUGAAGAAGCUCGACACUGAAGUUGAGCAGUACAACUACAGGGCGUUUCCGAAUGAGUUCACGUGGGAGCUGACGAAGGAGACCCCUGAAGGGCAUUUGCCAUUGACAAAUGCAUUGAGAGGGACGCAGUUGCUGAACAGUAUUCUGAGCCAUCCGGCGUUUGAAGGAGUUGAAGAAGAAGAAGCAGAACAAGCAGAAGGAGAAGGAGAUAAUGGUAAAUUUGGUGAAAAGAAUAAAAAUGGGGUGGUCAAAGAUGGGUCAAAGGUUAGUGUUAAGACUGUUUUUAAACCAAAUUAUGGCUUUUGAGACUGAGAGUUAAAGAUAACUUGAUUGUGAAUUUUAGAAUUAAUAUUUCUUUAAACAAAGAGAUAAUGGAGUUGUGAAAGUGGUCUACAUAAUGGAGAUGUCAUUUACACUUUCCUGUUGUU